AUGCCGAGGAGAAGACGACCUGACUUAGGUCGUCGCAGUCAAUCAAAUGUGCGAAGAGCUACCUCACAUGCUAACCGCACUGAUGACCAGAAAGAGACAGAUCAAGAAAAUAGUCGUAUUGCUCUGUCAAAAUUGCGUUAUUUAGUGAGUGACAAUGAAGUAGAUAGGCUUAGAAUGCAACGAGUUCGUGCACAUCAAACACAACAACAGCAAGCACGACAUAAUGAAAUUAAGCGAAUUCGCAGACGCAGUGCUCCUGUGAUUCUUGAACGAGCUGCAUUCCACUAUGAUUCGGCAAUUGAUUAUUGUGCCGACAAAUCAGUAACAAUUGGGGAAAUGAAAAGAAUUUGUAAAUAUUGUAAGGCGUUUAAAUACACUGGUGAAUCUACUGGAUUAUGUUGUGCUGGAGGCAAAGUAAAAUUGCCACAAUUGGUCCCACCACCAGAUCCUUUACGAUCUUUAGUUUCUGGGAUUGGAAAUGAUUCUAAGCACUUCUUAACCAACAUUCAGAAAUAUAACAGCUGUUUCCAGAUGACAUCAUUUGGCGCUGCACAUAUUAUACAGGAUAAUUUCAUGCCCACUUUCAAGAUACAAGGACAAAUUUAUCACUUACUGGGGGCACUGUUACCACUACCUGAUGCAGAUUAUCAAUUUUUACAAAUUUACUUUAUAGGCAAUUCAGAUGCGGAAGUUGAUAAUCGUUGUACUCAUAAUCCAACAGUAAAGAGAACCAUUGUCCAAGAAUUACAAAUGUUUCUUCAUCAGAAUAACAAUUUAGUAAACAUGUUCAAAAUAGUAUUGGAUCAUAUGCCAUCUGAUAGCCAUAAUAUUAUCAUUCGAGCUGACAAAACACCUGCCGGUGAACACACAAGGAGGUUUAAUUCACCUACCAUUGACGAGAGUUAUGAUGCAUUACAAUAUUCUUUGAUCUUCUGGCAGGGGGAAGAUGGAUACCAUUUUAAUAUCAAAAUGGUAAAUCAAGUAACAGGUGCUGAAACCAACAAAAAAGUUAGUGCUGUGAAUUUCUAUUCAUACAGACUAAUGAUCCGUCAAGGUGAAGUAAAUCAUAUUUUGAUGUGUCAAAGACUUUUUCAUCAGUUUGCAGUUGAUAUGUAUGUCAAAAUUGAGACUGAACGAUUGACAUACAUCCGUUUGAACCAACGACAGCUACGAUCAGAGGAAUACAUUCAUCUCCGCGAUGCUAUAAAUGCCGAUAACAAUGUGAAUAAUGUGGGAAGAAUGAUAAUUUGGCCAGCCACUUAUAUAGGAAGCCCACGCCACAUGCACGAAUAUGCUCAGGAUGCUAUGUCAUAUGUUAGGCAUUAUGGCCGCCCAGAUUUACUUAUGACAUUCACAUGUAACCUAAAAUGGUCCGAAAUCAAGAGGAAAUUGCGACAUAGCCAAACACCAGUUGAUAGACAUGACAUAACUGCCAGAGUUUUUAAACAAAAAUUAAAAUCUCUCAUUUAUUUCUUAAUAAAGCAUUUCUGGUUAGUGGACAAAAUAAGGCCAGAUGAGAUUGAUUCCAUAAUUUCAGCUGAAAUUCCAGAUGAAACAGUUAACCCAAAAUUGCAUGCAGUAGUUACCAAACACAUAAUACAUGGACCUUGCGGACUUUUCAACUACAAUUCACCUUGUAUUGUCGACAGCAAGUGUUCCAAGCAAUACCUAAAAGACCUGCUUGCUGAAACUAUAGUAAAAAAUGAUGGAUACCCAUUGUAUCGUCAGCGAUCAGUUGCGGCCAAUGGGCGAUCGGUAGUUGUGAAGGUAAGAGGACAAAAUGUUGAUGUAGACAAUCGUUGGAUUGUGCUAUACUCGCCAAUAUUGUCCAAAGCUUUUGAGACUCACAUCAAUGUGGAAUAUUUAAAAUCAAGCAUAUGUAAAGGAUGUCAGUAUUUAGCAACAAAAAACAAAAUCAAAGCUGAGAGUUUAUUUGAAGAUCACAAAAAUGAAUGCACAGCAAAUCACGAGGGUAGCAGUGGCAAAAUGAAGGUCGACAGUGUUUCUGAAAUGUUCAAGCGUUCUGAGGAGCGUUAUGGUUUGAAAUACGUUAAGUACAUUGGUCAAACAGUCAGAAACUACGUCGACACCGUUGAUAAUGCUCGUAUUUUGAGAGCGAAAAAUCUACAGAAGCUUACUCUAAAGAGGCCAAAACCUACGUAG